CGCGGUUGUGGAAGCCGGUAGGCCUGAGCUGCUCCUGCUGAAUAAUGCCGGGAAAACUCCGCAGUGCGUCCAAGUCGGAGUCAGAAGGGACCGAGGAGAGUAUGGAGACGCUGCAGAAGCCAAGCGAGAAGAAAACUAGAAAAGAGAAGCCAAAAUCUAAGACUGACGAGGCAACAGAAGGAGUGGAAGAGGCCGCUUCCUCCAAAGUGAAAGCAGUUAAAAAGAAAGGGCCUUCUGAGGAUGAUGUGGGUCCCCCUAAAUCCAAGAAGGCCAAGAAGCAGGAGGAGGAGCCUCAAGAUGACCCUGCUUCUAAAAGCAAAACCUCCAAGAAGAAAAAGGAGCCCCUAGAGAAGAAAGCACCCUCUGCUAAAACCAAAGAAAUGAAAGCCGAGGAGCCUUCUGAGGAAGAGGCAGACGCUCCUAAGCCCAAAAAGACAAAGAAAGGGAAGGAAGCAAACGGAGAUGUGGGAGAGAAGAGCCCCGGGCUGAAGAAUGGGCUCUCCCAUCCCAAGCCAGACUCCAGCUCCACCCAAGCUCCCGGAGAGGAAAGCGAGACAGAAAAGGAAAUACCCGUGGAGCAGAAAGAAGGAGCCUUCUCUAAUUUUCCCAUAUCAGAAGAGACUGUCAAACUUCUCAAAGCUCGUGGGGUGAACUUCCUCUUCCCUAUACAAGCCAAGACAUUCCACCAUGUGUACAGUGGGAAGGACUUAAUCGCCCAGGCACGCACAGGAACCGGGAAGACCUUCUCCUUUGCCAUCCCUUUGAUUGAGAAACUUCAAGGUGGGCUGCAAGAGAGGAAGAGAGGCCGAGCCCCUCAGGUGCUAGUCCUUGCACCUACAAGAGAAUUAGCAAAUCAAGUGAGCAAAGACUUCAGUGACAUCACCAAAAAGCUCUCAGUAGCCUGUUUUUAUGGUGGAACUCCCUAUGGUGGUCAAAUCGAACGAAUGCGGAGUGGGAUUGACAUCCUGGUCGGGACCCCAGGUCGUAUUAAAGACCACUUGCAGAAUGGCAAGCUAGACCUCACCAAACUUAAACAUGUUGUCCUGGAUGAAGUUGAUCAGAUGUUGGAUAUGGGCUUUGCUGAUCAAGUGGAAGAAAUUUUAUGUGUGGCAUACAAGAAAGAUUCUGAAGACAACCCCCAAACAUUGCUUUUCUCUGCAACUUGCCCUCAUUGGGUAUUUAAUGUUGCUAAGAAAUACAUGAAAUCUACAUACGAACAGGUGGACCUGAUUGGUAAAAAGACUCAGAAAGCAGCCAUAACUGUGGAGCACCUGGCGAUUAAGUGUCACUGGACAGAGAGGGCAGCGGUGAUUGGGGAUGUGAUCCGAGUGUACAGUGGUCACCAAGGGCGUACAAUCAUCUUCUGCGAAACCAAGAAGGAUGCACAGGAGCUGUCGCAGAACACGUGCAUAAAGCAGGAUGCCCAGUCCUUACAUGGCGACAUUCCACAGAAGCAAAGGGAAAUCACCCUGAAAGGUUUCCGAAAUGGCAAUUUUGGAGUUUUGGUGGCAACCAAUGUUGCUGCCCGUGGGUUAGACAUCCCUGAGGUUGACCUGGUUGUUCAGAGCUGUCCACCAAAGGAUGUGGAGUCUUACAUUCAUCGUUCGGGGCGGACAGGCAGAGCUGGAAGAACAGGGGUUUGCAUCUGCUUUUAUCAGCACAAAGAAGAGUACCAGUUAGCACAAGUGGAACAGAAAGCGGGAAUUAAAUUUAAACGGAUAGGUGUUCCUUCUGCAACAGAAAUAAUAAAAGCCUCCAGCAAAGACGCAAUCAGGCUCUUGGAUUCUGUGCCUCCCACUGCUAUUGGCCAUUUCAAGCAGUCGGCUGAGAAGCUGAUCGAGGAGAAGGGAGCUGUAGAGGCCCUGGCCGCAGCUCUGGCCCACAUCUCGGGGGCCACAUCGGUGGACCAGCGCUCCCUAAUCAACUCACAAGCGGGCUUUGUGACCAUGAUCCUGCGGUGUUCUGUUGAGAUGCCCAACAUUAGUUAUGCCUGGAAAGAACUUAAGGAGCAGCUGGGUGAGAGCAUCGAUGCCAAAGUGAAGGGGAUGGUCUUCCUCAAAGGAAAACUGGGAGUUUGUUUUGAUGUCCGCACUGAAGCAGUCACAGAAAUAAAGGAGAAGUGGCACGAUUCGAGACGCUGGCAGCUCACUGUGGCCACCGAGCAGCCGGAGCUGGAAGGACCCCCAGAAGGAUACCGAGGCGGCAGGGGCCAGCGGGAUGGCAGCCGUGGCUCUUUCAGAGGACAGCGGGGUGGAAGCAGGAACUUCCGGGGACAGGGACAGCGAGGAGGAAGUAGAAACUUCAGAGGACAGCGACCAGGAGGUGGCAACAAAAGUAACAGGUCCCCAAACAAAGGCCAGAAGCGGAGUUUUAGUAAAGCAUUUGGUCAGUGAGUAGAGGCCAGAGGAACUUGUUCCCACCCCACUGUGGACCUCAGAGCCCGUCCUGCUGUCAAAGCCCCCAGUGCUUCCUUUUUGAUCAAUUCUCAGCCCAUUUCUUGCAGAGACAGGCUUCUGAGCUGUCCAACUACCCAUCCUAAACUCUGCAUUUGGGGAAGGGAUGGGAAUGCAUUGCUUCAUUUUUCAACAUACUUCCUAGAUUUACAAAGUAAAACCAGCCUCCGAUCUGCCUAUCUCUGUGUUCUGUGUGUGCGCACUGGGGCCUAAGCUCAGACCCUCGCACAUGCCCUCCCUACAACUGUUUCUCUGGUCCCCUGUACAUGUUUCCUACUCAUCCUACAAACAAAGUUUCCCAGGGGUGCCUCAGUCUCUGGGGGACCGUGCGAGCCAGGGUGGAUAAUUUUUGCAUUCCUUGGCCUCUUGUUCCCCUCACAAACAGUUGCUGUGUUUAUGUCUGGCAAGGUUUGACCUGAGCAGUGCUUCGCAGAAGCCAUCUCAGACUUAGCUGAUAGAACAGUUUGUAGCCGCUCUAGAGCGCAGGCAGCAUGGGUUCACUCUGUGGUGUCCUCACUACUGUUUCUUACUGGGUGACUUGUGUUCCCGUGAGUUCUCCAGACAGUGUAUAUUGGAGUACAUUUUCAUAGGAGCCAUGUCUAAAGUUCAGGCCCAGUGUGUAGACUUUUUCUUAGUUAAUGAGACUGGAUAAAUGGCGUGUAAUUGCUUCUACCCCACGUUUGGAAGAUUGAUUUACCAAGGAGUCAUACAGGGAGGGUGGGGCUCAGUUGGUGUUGCUGAGGAAGGCUUCAAAAAAGCCACAAAGAUGUCUUUCAUCUUGACAAGUAAAGAGGUGGAAAAGCAUGCUUUGAGUGGCGAGCACUUCCUGAGGUGGGGCUCCCGAAGGGACAGCACCUACUAGUGUGAGAUCUUUUAAAGGGCACAGUGAGACUAGUUUGAUCUAUUGUAAGAUCUGUUCCUGACGAGCUGCUUCUCUGGCUCAGAGAAUCCGGCUGUGACAAGCUAUGUCAUUUUAAGUUGUUGCUUUGAGGGAACGGAAGCGUGGCCCCUGCCUACUGCUCAGUGUUCUUCAUCUGGGAAACUCCCACCUAGCACAGAAGCUGGAGUGGUGGGGUCCUCUAGCCCUACUAGAGUCUGUACAGGAGUCCUAGAAUAGACCUGGAAGGAAAGUCAGAACCACAUGCUCUGGUUUUUGUUUUAUAAACUCAGUUGUUUGGGUCAGCUAAGACCUUCAUUUUAGUUAGUACAGUCCUUACCUCCCAGCCUUACCAGAACAGCAUCAAAGGGCUCUGAUACCCAAUCAGCUGCUGUCACUGAAGCAGUGCCCUUUUUUCUAUUUAAGUUCAGUUUCCCCCUUGAACUCUGACCAGAUGGCUCAUCCUCUCUGCCAGGGAUUCUUUGGGGUUUUUUUCUUUGUUGACGACUCUCUGGCUUGUAAUAAAUAUGGGCAUGAUUUAAUGAAACAUUUCACUAUUGGGUAAGAAUUCGCCAUUUCAAGAUGGUAGAAGGACAUGCUGGCUCUACUUCCAAGAGGACAGCCUAAAACUAAAACCUUUUGAAUUUUGAAUUAAUGGGUUACCCUAUAGAAAAAAUGAUCUGCGGAAAACCAAACAGUGAAGGGAAAGAAGGAAAGAAUUUCAAUUGACACAAUUUAAAUAAAAUAUGGCUUUUCAAAUAAAGGAAGAGAAGUUUCUUUUGGGUCACACAAUCUAAACAAUAUUUAUGUAUAAUUCAGCUCUUAUUUGGCUUAAAUGGGCUUAGUGGGAAAUGUUAUCAUUUUUACUAUUUUCUACAGAGAAAAUAUUUUCCAGUUUAUCAAGUAACUCUGGACUUUGGAAUUACCUGUUUUUAUGUUCCAGCUGUCUAUAUAGUUGUUUCUCUGAAAUUGUACAUAAAAUGUUUUUACAUUAAAAUGAAUUACUGUAUAAAGUACUGCAUUAUGCCAUAAUAAAGAUACUAAUGCUUUA